AUGGGACCAGAACAUCGGUGUGGUAGAACUUUCUAUUACAAAUGUGCAAACUUAGAUUUUUUGGCUAGACAUUACAUGGAGUUUUUGCGCAUGAAUAGAAAAGUUACAGUUGAUGCAUUUAAAGAAAAAGUGCAUAAGAAGUUAAAUGUAAAUAUCACAAAGGAUCAGGUUUACAAGACCUUUGUAAAAGCCAAAAUCUUGAUUGAAGGGAAGUAUCGGCAACAGUACACAAGAAUUUGGGACUACUGUGAGGAAUUGUUGAGCUCAAAUCCAGGCUCCACAGUGCAUGUUGAGAUAGAGGUUGAUGAGGAUAGUGGAAAAGAAAGAUUCCACAGGCUGUAUAUUUGUUUUACAGCCUUGAAAAAAGGCUUUAAAGAAGGUUGCCACCCUGGACUUGGUGUUGAUGGCUGCCAUUUAAGAGGACCACACUCGGGAGUACUCUUGACUGCUGUAGGGCUUGAUGCUAAUGAUUGCAUCUAUCAUGUUGCCUAUGCAGUUGUGGAGACUGAAAACAAGAUGUCUUGGAAUUGGUUCAUCGAGUUCUUAAAGUUUGAUCUUAAAAUCCAUGACCAGAAAAGAUGGACAUGUAUUAGUGACAGACAAAAGGGAUUGGAUUCUGCAAUCCAAGAAAUUCUUCCAGGAGUAGAGCACAAACAUUGCGUUAGACAUUUAUACAACAACUUCAAAAAGCACCAUCCUAGCGAAACACUUAAAGGGAAAGUAAGUGAGAUUUUAAAAAUUGCAGGGGAACUGAGUGAUAUUAUGAAAACUUUCAGAGGAGAUUUCUGA